UGAUGGAAAGCAGGAGGGACCAGUGUGAGGUUCCCAGGGACCCCAAGUACCCUGACUGUGCUGGGAAGGUGGAGUGGAUGAGGGCCAGGUGGACCUCUGACCCCUGCUAUGCGUUUUUUGGUGUGGAUGGCACAGAGUGCUCAUUCCUCAUCUACCUCAGUGAAGUCGAGUGGUUCUGCCCUCCCCUGCCAUGGAGAAACCGAACAGCAGCUCUGCCUUCGCCCCCACCACUGCCCCGGGUGCAGGCAACUUUCCGGAGUGACCUGGCUCACCUGCUGGAGCUGAUUGGCACGGGCAAGGAGUCCCUCAGCUUCAUGAAGAAGAGGAUCAGGCACUUGGCCCAGCAGUGGCUCCGUGCGGCUCGGCGCCUCGAGCAGAAGCUGAAGGGACGGCAAAGGGACCAGAAACACAUCUUGAUCCAUAUUGGCUUCCUGACAGAGGAGUCAGGGGAUGUUUUCAGCCCACGGGUGCUGAAGGGAGGUCCACUGGGUGAGAUGGUGCAAUGGGCUGACAUCCUUGCUGCCCUCUUCCUCCUGGGGCACAGCCUGAGGGUCACAGUCUCCCUGAAAGAGCUGCAGAGUCACUUAGGGGUUCCUCCAGGACGGGGAAACUGUCCCUUGACCAGUCCUUUGCCUUUCGACCUGAUUUACACUGACUACCACGGUCUCCAACAGAUGAAGCAGCACAUGGGGCUCUCCUUUAAGAAAUACAGGUGCCGUGUCCGGGUCAUCGACACCUUUGGGACGGAGCCGGCGUACAACCACGAGGAAUACGCCACUCUGCGCGGCUACCGCACCAACUGGGGCUACUGGAACCUGCAGCCCACCCAGUUCAUGACCAUGUUCCCUCACACCCCUGACAACUCCUUCAUGGGCUUCGUGUCAGAGGAGCUCAACCAGACGGAGAAGCAAUUCAUCAAGACCAACAAAGUGAGCACCAUGGCAGUGGUGUAUGGGAAGGAGGCCAGCAUCUGGAAGGGCAAGGAGAAGUUCCUGGCCAUCCUCAACAAGUACAUGGAGAUCCAUGGCACAGUUUAUUACGAGACACAGAGGCCACCUGAGGUCCCAGCGUUUGUGAAGAACCAUGGGCUGCUGCCACAGCACGAGUUCCAGCAGCUGCUGAGGAAGGCAAAGCUCUUCAUUGGCUUUGGGUUCCCCUAUGAGGGUCCUGCCCCGUUGGAGGCCAUCGCCAACGGCUGCGUUUUCCUGCAGGCAAAGUUCAACCCUCCUCACAGCUCCCUCAACCACGAGUUCUUCCGCGGGAAACCGACGUCCAGAGAGGUGUCCUCCCAACACCCAUAUGCUGAAGACUUCAUUGGGAAGCCACAUGUGUGGACUGUCGACUACAAUAACUCUGAAGAGUUUGAAGCUGCUAUCAAAACCAUCAUGAGGACCCAGGUGGACCCUUACCUGCCUUAUGAGUACACUUCCGAGGGGAUGCUGGAGAGGAUCCAUGCCUACAUUCAGCACCAGGAUUUCUGCACUACAUCGUCUCCUCCUCUGCCUCCCAAGAGCAAGAGUCCUGCUAUGCAAAGCCCUCCGAGCCCACUGGCCCUGUCCCCCAACGCCACCCACCUGCUGUGGUCCCCCAGUGCCAGCAGGGACCCCCACACGUGGCCCCCAGUGGACUCCCUGCAGGUGUGGGUGUCAGACACCCAGCACACCUGCACUGAGACGUGCCGGCGGCACGGGCUGGUCUGCGAGCCCACCUUCUUCAGGUUCCUCAACAAGGAGGAGGUGUUUCUCCAGCUCAGCAUCACCUGUGACAGCACCGAGUACGAGAUGAACCAUCUGUACCCUGCGGUGGCCGAGAACGUCCACGAGUGCUACCUCCAGAAGGAGCCACUGCUCUUCAGCUGUGCUGGCUACGGUCAAGGGUUGAGUUUGGGUCAAUAG